AAUUAUAAAAUGUCAAGACUGUCAAGUGGGCAGUGGCUAUCGUUGAUCUUUCUUCCUAAUUAUCAAUACAUACUAUAAUUAUAUCAAUUAUCAAUACUAUAUCAUAAAUAUAAUGAGCAAUGAAAGAAAAUCACGGCUUCGAGAUAUACUUCAAGUUCUCAGUACAGAACAAGAAAAUGACAACAAUGAGGAACGGAUGAAUCGGACUACAGCAGCAGUGCAAGAAGUACAGGAAUUACUUGCUCAAGGCGGGGUAGAAGAAAGAGUUCGGCAUCCGGGUGAGAGUUAUUUGGAUUCAAGAGUUCUUCGUGUAGCAAGUGAUUUGGCGAUUAGCUGUUCAUUAGCAGUCGAUGUUACCGAGAAUAGAUAUGACAAACAUGAGCUGGCACGUCAUAUUCGGGAUAAUCCACAAUUCUGGACGUUCGCCUUCCCCCGUGAGGUUCCUGUUAUUUCAUCUCUACAUGGAGCUUUUGACCCUACACCGCCCGAGCAGAGACCUAGAACUAGGAAACGAGUGGAGCGGCAGCAGGCUGCUCAAUUGAAAGCUCCCGAGAAUGUGGAGAGCUUGGAGAAAACUGAUGAAGGAUCUGAGAUGGUGACCAGGGUUAACCGGUUUAUAAUUAAGGCGUAUCGAAAUGGACCGAUCAGCUACUAUCGUCUUGUACUGGAUCCAACGAGCUUCAGUCGAACUGUUGAAAAUAUCUACUAUGUGUCAUUUUUAGUACGGGAUGGACUUAUCUCUGUAUUUGAAGAUGACGAGUCAGGUCUACCCUUUGUGAAGCCAGUGCCUGCGUUGGCGACAGGAAAUACAGCUGGUGACAAAAACCAGGUCAUUUUUUCUAUCGACAUGCAACGAUGGAGGGACCUGAUAGAGGCUUUUGGUAUAGAAGAACCAAUGAUGGUUAUAAAAAGGAUCGGGGUUACUGCUAAGUGAUAAGGAAAUAAAGAUUUUUGAUACAAUAA